GCACCAUCCCUUUGAGGUCACUAUCUCUUUGAGGGUUCCAAAAGGACCUAGAUACAAAUAGGCAUGCCUGCUUUCCUUUAUCCCUUCCUUGCGAGAUUUCCAUCUGCCAGGCCCGUCUUUCGUUCUAUCUGCAUUGCCCACCAUUUGCACUGGCGAGCACAACAGGUCAAUACACCACCAUCAACAUUAUUCCCAAGUUAUCAUAGGGAGGAUCUUGCCACGCACCCCAAGCAUUCCAUCUGAAAGACACGCAUAUCUUUGCCCCUUGGCAGCCUGCACCGCCUCACUACGUUGUUCUUAUCUGCCCUUGGUGUUAACUAUCUUCUCUCGCCGCCUCCCUGCCUCCCUUCCCCGGCACCCGAAAUAUCUACUAGCAUACCUCUAGGCCCGUCAGCAACAAUGAACAGCUCGAUAGUCGAGGCGCCAAAGCGCACCCAACUGCCCUCUCUCUGGACUGGCAACUAUCGAGAUGGAAGCUUCCCUCCAGACCCCAGCUAUACCCGUUUGCCCUCGCUCUCGGCCGGACCGAUGCUGGCGUCCCCGAUGUCGCCGCGGGCCGCACCCCCCUCCACCCCGGCGUCGUUUGGCAACAGCCCGACCGUCCUGCACCCGCGCGACACGAUCGGAGACUCGGUCAACGAGCUCAGCCGGUCGUUGAUCCACAGCCUGAACCAGGGCAUGGGCAGGCGCCUCAGCACCGCCGACUCCACCUCCUCCCCGGCCUCGUCCCCCAUGUCGGGCGUCUUCGACCGCAUGGCCAGGGGUGGCAGCCGCGCCCCGAGCGUGUACUCGGCCAACACGUCCCUCCUGCUGUCCGGGGUCAGCCAGGCCGACGUCAAGUCCCCGGUCGGGAGGCGCAAGUUGACCGUGGCCGAGCAGAGGCACCCCGGCAGCAUCCUCGUCACCGCCGUCCCGCUCCGGCGGCUCAGCAACGGCGAGAUGCCCGUGGACGAGUCGCAGCCGGGCCGCGUCAUCAUCGCCGCCGGCGUGAUCCCCCGCGUCAAGACCCGGUCGCGCUUCGAGAUGAAGCGCAGCUUCGACCUCGGCCAGGUCCGCAAGUCCAUCGCCGGCCCGCCGCGCAGGCUCUCGAGCGCCGCCGCCGCCGGCAGCCUCGGGGGAUCCGACGCCUCCGGGCGCCGCUCCUCGACCAUGAUCCGCCCCAGCAGCCAGCAGAAUGGUGUCGCAGAUGCUGCCGACGCUCUCACCAACACACGGCAAAUCAAUUUGACCCAGGCGAGCAACUGCCUGCCCAUCAUCGCAGCCCUGAUGAUCUCGGGCCACCUGCGGGACGAGGACAGGAUCGAGCUGCCAAUGCCACACCCCGAGGCCUGGCCCAACACCUUUGCGUACGUGGCCGAGAGCCAGGGAGAGCUGACAGACGCGGUGAGGAAGAAUAUUCUGCACCUGGGCGGCAAGGUCUGA